AUGUCUGAAAACCUGGCAUUUCAAGCUGCGGAGUCACUCACGGUCGCCUCACUGUUCUCUCUAUACCUCCGGCAUGACAUCUUGGCAAAAGCACAUUUUGGGGCGUACCUGGGGGCUAUCCGACAGUUUCCGGACUUGGCGACACCCGUGAAGGCAACGUACGAGGCUAUGAUCCAUGCCAGUAGGCUGUAUCAUGGUGACGGCGGCAAAGAGCAUACGCCCCGUGAGUAUCAUCGUGGUCCUCGGUCCACGAGGGAUCGCGACAGUUCUGCUCCAGGAACACCUACGUCAUGUGGUAGCGGCAGCACUCUCCCCUUCGACGAUGUUCCGCCAUACCGAGCUCCACCGCCCCCAUACGGCGAACGCGUGGCCGAAAGCCAGUCCCCGAGGGCCAGGUCCGACGUCGUAGACAUCGUCGCCGCAGGUCCUGGGGGCGACUGCGACCUGCCCGAGUAUGGAGACACCAACCGGCGGGAUGAUGUGCAGGGUCCCCUUCCGGGCGUCCUCUCCUAUAGAGAGGAAGAUGGCGACAUACGCUCAACCACAAAAAGGAAACGUUCAACCACCGCACUACGUACCACAACGACAUCUGCGGCGGACGCGCCCCGCCACGAGAAACUACUGCGAACCCUGCUCGUCAUGGCAAACGACGACAGCCAGGUUGCAAGUUUGCAUGCAUCGAAACAACAAUCCCCCAGGGUGCGAGAUCAACAUGGCGAAGAACUACAAAACACUGUUGAGCAGUUACGAAGGACCGUCAGGGAACUACAGAAGGAGGUCGAGGAACUGCAGGCCUGGAAGAAGUCACAUAAAGAAGCCUUUGGUGAUCUGGAAGGAACCUGUUGUCAAUUGGAAGAGCGUCAAGACGACUUUGACGACGCCGUCGGCAUUUUGUCUCAUGAUGUAGACGAGCUAGGCGGGAAACACGAUGAGCUGGGGAAACAGUUGCUUGACGUCGGUGACGAGGUUAGGGACAUGAUGGACGACAUGAAACGUACGGCCCAAGAGGAAAUCUGCAAAACCGUUGACGACAGUGUGGCGAAGAAAAUAGAAGAGAUUGUCCAGAGUCAAGUCAAUGAAAUUAAGAGAAAGAUUUGCAACGCUCUGCAACCGAUCUGA